AUGGAAAAGAGGGUCGCUUUGGAAUUAAGGGGAAGAAAUCCUUCACAGGUAAAGGAACUAAACCUGGACAAUUGCAGGAGUACCAGCAUAGUUGCGUUAACAGAUGAAUACAUUAACCUUGAAAAUCUCAGUCUCAACAAUGUUGGUCUCACCUCACUUAAAGGUUUUCCAAAACUACCCAAGCUCAGGAAACUCGAGCUCUCUGACAACAGAAUAUCCAAUGGGCUGAACUUCCUAAAUGGCUGCAAAAAGCUAACACAUCUCAACUUAUCAGGAAACAAAAUAAAAGAUUUAGACACUUUGAAGCCUUUGGAGGAGUUUGAAUACUUAAAGAACCUUGAUUUGUUCAACAAUGAAGUUACUAGCAUUGAGGAAUAUAGGAGUAAAGUGUUUGCACUACAUCCAUCUUUAAAAUAUUUAGAUGGAUUUGACAAAGAAGACAGAGAAGUUGAGGACAGUGAUGCGGAGGAAGAGGAUGAAAUGAAUGGAAAUAAUGAUAGUGAAGAUGGUUCAGAGGUUGAGGAAGAAGAGGAAGAUGAUGAGGAUGUUUCUCUUAGUGCAGUCUAUAAUGAUAAUCUUGAAGAGGAGAGCUCCACCAGCUCUUUAUAUGAAGGCAGUGAAGUGGAAGAUGAAGAAGUAGAUGAUGAAGAAGAAAAUGACUGUGAGGGAAAUCAAAAUUCUAAAGUACAAGAUGGUGAAGAGAAUGCAGACGGAGAACCCGAAGAAAGCACUCGGGGUAAAAAACGGAAACACGAGGAUGACGACGAGAAUUGA